AUGUCUGCUCCAGAAGAAGUUUCCCAAGUGUUCGACACUGUCUUGGUGUUGGACUUCGGUUCUCAAUACUCUCACUUGAUCACUCGUCGUUUGAGAGAAUUCAACGUUUACGCUGAAAUGUUGCCAUGUACUCAAAAGAUCAAGGACUUGACCUGGAAACCAAAGGGUAUCAUCUUGUCUGGUGGUCCAUACUCAGUUUUCGCCGAAGACGCUCCACACGUUGACCACGAUAUCUUUGACCUCGGGGUUCCAAUCUUGGGGAUUUGUUACGGUAUGCAAGAAUUGGCCUGGAUCAAUGGUAAAGGUGUUGCCAGAGGUGAUAAGAGAGAAUACGGUCCAGCCGUGAUCAAUGUUGAAGACAAGACUUCUCCAUUGUUCAAGGAUGUUGAUAACUCCACCGUGUGGAUGUCCCAUCACGACAAAUUGUCUUCUUUGCCAACCGGUUUCAAGACCAUUGCUACUUCCACCAACUCUCCAUUCGCUGCUAUUGGUCAUGCUGAAAAGCCAAUCUUUGGUUUGCAAUUCCACCCAGAAGUCACUCACUCUGUCCAAGGGAAGUUCUUGUUGAGAAACUUUGCUAUCGACAUUUGUAAAUGUAAGAACGACUGGAGUAUGGAAAACUUUAUCGACACUGAAAUCUCCAGAAUUAGAGCCUUGGUUGGUCCAACUGCUGAAGUUAUUGGUGCCGUUUCUGGUGGGGUUGACUCUACCGUUGCUGCUAAGUUGAUGACCGAAGCCAUUGGUGACAGAUUCCACGCCAUCUUGGUUGAUAAUGGUGUCUUGAGAUUGAACGAAGCUGCUAACGUCAAGAAGACCUUGACCGAAGGUUUAGGAAUUGACUUGACCGUUAUCGACGCUUCUGAAGAAUUCUUGGGUAAAUUGAAAGGUAUUACCGACCCAGAAAAGAAGAGAAAGAUCAUUGGUCACACUUUUAUUCACGUUUUCGAAAGAGAAGCCGCCAAGAUCAAGCCAAGUCACGAAGGUGAAGAAAUCGAAUUCUUGUUGCAAGGUACUUUGUAUCCAGACGUUAUCGAAUCGAUUUCUUUCAAGGGUCCAUCCCAAACUAUCAAGACCCAUCACAAUGUUGGUGGUUUGUUGGACGACAUGAAGUUGAAAUUGAUUGAACCUUUGAGAGAAUUGUUCAAGGAUGAAGUCAGACACUUGGGUGAAUUGUUGGGGAUCUCCCACGAUUUGGUUUGGAGACACCCAUUCCCAGGUCCAGGUAUUGCCAUCAGAGUCCUUGGGGAAGUCACCAAGGAGCAAGUGGAAAUCGCCAGAAAAGCCGACCAUAUUUACAUUGAAGAAAUCAAGAAGUUUGGUCUUUACGAAAAGAUCUCCCAAGCUUUUGCCUGUUUGUUGCCAGUCAAGACCGUCGGGGUCAUGGGUGACCAAAGAGUUUACGAACAAGUCAUUGCCCUUAGAGCCAUUGAAACCAUUGAUUUCAUGACUGCUGACUGGUUUGUCUUUGAAGCCAAGUUCUUGAAACACGUUUCUAGUAGAAUUGUGAAUGAAGUUGAUGGCGUUGCUAGAGUUGUUUACGAUAUCACUUCCAAACCUCCAGCCACUGUCGAAUGGGAAUAG